GGAUAUCUUGUUUUUACCCUUGUUGAAGCUCAUUGUUCGAUAAACCUGGUACCCGAGUCGUCACCUCCGUCCUCAUGGGGUCUCCUGACGGCUGGACACCCGAGACUCCGGUCAUCAUCGCCGCUAACCGCCUACCCGUCCGCCUCUCCAGGACGUCCGACGGCCAGUGGCGCGUCGAAUGGGCCGGAGACCGCAUGAUCGAGUCGCAGAAUACUCUAUCUCACUACGAGAUCUCGGAGCGCGCCACCAUCAAGUUCGUAGGCCGCGUAGUCGACGUGGACGUGCCAUUCGAAGAGCGUCAACAGGUCGAAAUAUUACUACGCGAAAUCAACUGCUUUCCGGUGUUUCUCGAGCCUCAGGAAGCCAAAUUGUACUACGAAGACUACUGCAAACAAACACUCUGGCCAACAUUCCACAACGUCGUGGACGUCUACAGUCCCGUGGACGUGGUACUAGAUGUCCAAGCCCAGCAACACUUAGCACCCAGCGCCCAAUUCUGGAAUCCUAAUUGGCAGAAAGUGGCGUGGCAAGCGUAUGCCAAUGUGAACCAAUUGUUCGCACACAAAAUUUGUGAACUCUACGAACAGGGCGACGUCGUGUGGGUACAGGAUUACCACUUGCUGUUGACACCGAGCUAUAUUGUACGGAAACUGAGAGCUGCCAAUGUGGGACUGUUCCUACACGUGCCUUUCCCGUCCUCUGAGGUGUUCAGGACGCUGUCGAUGAGGAAGGAACUGCUGCGAGGCAUGCUAAAUGCCGACCAUAUUGGCUUCCACUUGUUCGAGUAUGCAAGGCACUUCAUGUCGGCCUGUCGACGGAUCUUGGGGCUGAGUUACGAGCCCAUCUUGAGAGGACAAUUGGGUAUCGACUAUGGAGGACGUCGAGUGGCUGUCACCUGCAGUCACAUGGCUAUUGAUGUACAGAGGAUCGAGGAGACUUUGGUCAGUGCUGAUGUACGGGAUAUGGUGGUGAAUUUACGUCAGAAAUACCGGGACAAGAAGAUUUUCGCUGGCUGUGAUACGAUCGAGAGACUCAAAGGUAUCCCAUCCAAGAUGCUGGCGUUUGACGGGUUUCUUUCGAGAUGUCCGGACUUUAUCGGGAAGGCUGUACUGGUGCAGAAAGGAAUUCACAGACGAGGUCGAGUGACGGAUUAUGUGCAGAGCAAGAAGGAGAUUGAGCAGGCCGUGCAGACGAUUAAUAACAAGUAUCGAGACGUGGCGAAGGGGAAUGUGGUCGACUAUGAAGAAGUGGAUGAGUUCCCAUACAAAAAGCGUGUGGCUCUGUGGCGUGUUGCUGAUGUGCAGAUCACUACAGUACUACGAGACGGACUCAACACAACGCCGUUCGAGUAUAUUGCCACUCACAAAACUUCACCUGGUGUGUUGAUCUUAAGCGAGUUUUCUGGAAGUAGUCGCCUGUUAAGCGGCGCGUUGACUGUGAACCCCUGGGAGCUGGAUCAAGUCAUCGACGCGCUCCGAGAUGCUGUGUACAUGCCCACGAACGAGCGAGAGCAUCGACGUAAUUGCGACUUCCAGUUCGUGGCAGCAAACCCUCCGCGUCGAUGGGCCAAGUGCGUUCUGACGGACAUUGUGAACGCUCGGAAGAAAGAAGAGGCGUUCGUGUACAUGGGCACGGGAUUUGGUCUGGAUUUCCGCUUGAUGGAAGUCAGCGCUCAAUUCCGGAAAUUGACAGGAGAGGAGCUUGCUCCUGCCUAUCGAACGAGUACGAGCCGUGCGAUCUUCCUGGACUAUUAUCGGACAUUAGCUCCUGACGUAUCAAAACUGAUGGGUGUGCGGUGGCCUGACGUGCCUUUGAGCGCGUUAUCCACACUUGAACAGUUGUGUAAAGACCCUCGAAACACCGUGUUUAUCGUCAGUGGCUGCAACUGCGACCUUCUAACACAGAAGUUCGGUGGAGUACCAGGUUUGGGCCUCGUGGCAGAACACGGAUACUUCAUCCGACGAGCGGUCCUAGGCAAUAACGCUCGCAUCGGACGCCCGUGGGAAAGACAUGGAGAUAUUUUGCAGUCAGACGGAGGGCAUCAACAAUGGCGCGUUAAGGCAGAGAAGAUUAUCCAGCUUUACGUUGAUCGCACGAAUGGCUCGACGCUUGAGCUUCGGAGAAGUGCCGUCCUGUUCCGGUAUGGCAAGUCCGACUUUGACUUUGGCGCAUUGCAGGCAGCAGAGCUGAAGGAGCACCUCGAGGGCGUCUUUGAGGGCUGGCCGCUGAAUAUUAUCCAAGGCAAAGAUUACAUCGAAGUGCGACCGGAAGGAGUUGGCAAGGGCAAACUGAUCGGCCACUUGUUGAACAAGAUGCGCGUCGAUGGGAACCCGGCGAAUUUUGUUCUGUGCAUUGGAGAUGAUGUGGCCGACGAGCUCAUGUUCGAGCAACUUAAGACGAUGGUCGCUCACGAAGAGCUUCCAAAAGGUGAGUACUAUUUGGUAAUGAACUCGUCGCAGAUUUUUGUAAUGAUAACAUUCAUGUUGUAGACAAAGUAUUUACAUGCACAGUGGGUCAAAAGCCCUCUAAGGCCGAGUUCUUCGUUGACGACUACACUGACGUGAUCGCCCUGUUGAAGUCACUUAAAGUGGUCGCUACAAAGUCCAACCGGAACUACUCACUGUCGGAUAUGCAGUCGUUUGUGCGAGACACACGUCCGUUCCUUUCAUCAUCGUCGCAUGGUACCGGUGGAGUUUCCAGGAGUGCGACGUCGGAUACCGUGAUACGAAAGUCUUCUAGUCGCCACGCACUCUACAAUCACUUGACGCCUGUGAUCGAGGACCAAAUCAUAUCCGCAGAUGGAGGAGUUCGGUCUCCUUCACCGAAACGCCACAAGAACAAGUGGUUGAAUCUCCUACAACAAGUAGGCGUCGUUGCCAUAUUAGUCGGCAUUCUUCGAUGGCGUAGCGGGGUGAAAAACCCUCAUGAAAAGAAGUUGCUGAUGUACCUGGUAGCGUCACUUGGCAUCGCCUGGUCCAUCCAGCGUCUACGAUCAAAGCCACUCAAAUAACAAGUAAGGACUCUUAACUAAGUGAAUUGAUGUAUCUCCCUGAGUUUAACCUGCAGGACCGGUGCUCUUUUAGACGUUGAUGCCAUUUUCAGCGCCCCAUUUCUUCAUGAUGCGCACAAUGUACUCGACUUGCGGGUUAUUAUUCGCUUUGAGGAUACUGAGCACUUCCUCGAGUUCCACUCGUGUCGCUUUCCCCGCCACUGCACGCUGGAAAACACCCACACAAGCGCCACGCUUGCCUUCCCAGUACUCCGGAUCCGGGUCAAGUCGUUCUAGAAUAUCAAAUGCCUUCGCAGCGUAGAGGAAUUCGCCCAUUUUGUAGCAAUCAUGAGCGAUGAGCUGCAGCAAGUUGAAGGAAUCGUCCGAGUUGUCGAGCUUUAAGUACAAAUCCCAAGCCGCUGACGGAUUGUGGUUCAAGAUGUAACAUCUCGUCAACCAACUCACGUAGCAGUAAUCGUGGCGAUAGUCUUCUUGCUGCACACGCAGCAGCGUUUCAAGCGCUUCUUGGUGCGAUCCAGUGUUACACAACGAGAUUCCGAAGUUCCAGUUGAAAUCAUCUUCGUUGUAGAGAUAUUGUUUGAUGGAGUUGAGGUAGAUGUUGACGUCUUCGAACUGUUUGAGUAGGUAGAAGCACGACGCCAUACACUGGCGUCCAGGGAUGGUAUCACACUCAGUAGGGGAGGACCCAACGAGCUGGAAAUACUGCUGUGCUGUCUUGAUAUGCUGCCGAGAUGACGUUGACUGGCCCAAUGUAGCGUGAACUACACCUUUGAGAAUAUAUUCCUGCGGUGUAGAUGGCUCCACGUCUUUAAUAAGGUCAUAUGCCUCC